AUGAUCGUGCUUCUGCUCGUAGGAAUGCUAAUGGCCCCGCAUGGCGCGGCCCACCCUCUGGACACCCCACAUCUUCCAUGGGAGCUGCCUCCAGGACUCUCAGAAAAUAUCAAUAUGACUUUCCUCAGUGGGGUGUUUAAAAAUGUGGGAGGAGUGGCCGAAAUUUUCGACUGCCUAGGCCCCCACUUCACCUGGCUGCAGGAUGUCUUCAGCAACUUCCCCGCACUGCUCCAGUUCGUGAAUGGUAUGAAGUGUGUGGCUGGUCUCUGCCCCCGGGACUUCGAAGACUACGGCUGUGCCUGCAGGUUUGAGAUGGAAGGGCUGCCUGUGGAUGAGUCUGACAGCUGUUGCUUCCAGCAUCGCAGGUGUUACGAGGAGGCUGCUGAGAUCGACUGUCUGCAAGACCCCGCCAAGCUUGGCACAGAUGUCAACUGUGUCAGCAAGAGUAUCACCUGUGAGUCCGGGGACGCUUGUGAGCGCCUGCUGUGUACCUGUGACAAGGCUGCCAUAGAGUGCCUGGCUCAGUCCAGUAUCAACUCUUCCCUGAACCUUCUGGACACGUCCUUCUGUGUGGCUCAGCCUCCAGAGACAACCAGCAGGGAAGAGCUGCUGACGCCUCUGCCCAGAGUGCUUCCUGUGGAGCCCACGGACUCCAGCCUGACGGCCCUCUCAAGAGAAGAUGAACACAGGGUGACUGAACCAGGCCAAGUCCAGGAAGACACAGAAGAUGCAAGGGCCACACCUUCUCCAGGCUCUGCAGAGAUUGCUGCCACCGCUGAAGCUGUAACCGUCGUCCCUGCCGGCGGUCCGUCUCCGGGGCCGGCUGCGUCAGCCGCCAGAAGCGGUCCGGAAGGGACAUCUGGAACAGCCUGUGACAGGUUCACCUUCCUGCACCUGGGAAGCGGGGACAACACCUGGGUGAUGCCACAGCUUGGAGAGAUGCUCUCUUGUCUGACAUCCCGGUGCCCGGAGGAAUUUGAAUCUUACGGCUGUUACUGUGGGCAGGAAGGACAAGGCGAGCCCAGGGACGCUCUGGACAGGUGCUGUUUGUCCCAUCAGUGCUGCCUGGAGCAGGUGAGAAGGCUGGGCUGCCUGCUCGAGAGGCUUCCUCGGUCACCAGUGGUGUGCGUGGAUGGUGCCCCCAAAUGUGUAGGGCAGAGCCUGUGUGAGAAGCUGCUUUGUGUCUGUGACCAGACAGCGGCUGAAUGCCUGGCCUCUGCCUUCUACAACCAAAGCCUCAAGUCACCUGGCAGACGGGAGUGCCAGGGCCACCGGCCAUCCUGCGAGGACGGCAGGGUUUCAGCUUCUUCCCUUGGCUCCAGCUCUGAGGAGAACAGCGUGGAGGCCCCGCCCCCCAGGGAGGGCCUGAGAAGAACCAGAAGAUUCCUGGGGAAGUCACUUGGUCUCCUGGGGACCAGGCCACAACGUGGCCCCAGAUAGAUCCCCAGAGAAAAUGACCAUCACACCCUGUCUUUCUGUCCCUCCUGCUACUGUAACCUCUCUGGGCCCAUCUCCAUCCUCUCUGUCCGCAGCAGAGGCUCAAAGGGGGGGAGAGGCAGGAAGACCCCUGCACAUGUGCAUUGUGAUGUUUGCCAGCCCACGUCCGAAUGUGUCUUUGGAGAAGGCAAACGAGGGGGCGCUUCUAUGUUUCCUGGAGUGCACUGUAGGGGCUCAAUAAAUAUUCCCAUGAACGUUUCUCUGUCUGCUUUGGUUUUGAAGAUACUGGUACACAAAUAGAUGGCAAAGGUGAGAUGGCAGAGGAACGGAGGGGGAAAAGGUAUCUUCACUCCCCAAUCACUGAAAUCACAACCUUCUAUUAAAAAAAUACAGAAGGGAGUAUGUUUAAUCGAUCUUAUGAGAUCACCUAUGGGUCACCAAUAACCCACCAAAGACAUAUGCCAAGGACUGAGAUGACAGCUCUUCUGGUUAUUAAGAGAAUGGCCUCAGCCACCCCCAUGAAGCACCACUGAUAACCCUGUCUUGGGUCCGGCAAUAUUAAAUUGAUGUUUUAAAAAAUGACAGGGUUUAUUUAUCCCAGUGGCUGGAAGUUUGGGGGAUGCCAGUGCCCACUCGGACACAGACAAAUA